AUGGAGAACGCAUCACAACCCACCACAUCUCAGGGAGCCACACUGGCACAACCACAGCGAUUGUCUGAGGUGGCCAGAUUAGAGUCUAUGUCUACAGAAUCUGGUCAGCAGGGUGGGAGCCAAACAUUCGCAAACGAGAACGCAUCACAACCCAGCACAUCUCAGGUGGCCACACAGGUACAACCACAACGAUCAUCUGAGAUGACCAGAUCAGAGUCUGUGUCUACAGAAACUGAUCAACAAGGUGGGAGCCUGACACUUGCAAAGGAGAAUGUAUGGCAACCCACCACAUCUCAGGCAGCCACACUGGCAAAACCACAGCAGUUGUCUGAGAUGACCAGAUCAGAGUUCACGUCUACACAAACUGGUCAGCAGAGUGGGAGCCAAGCAUCCGCAAACGAGAACGCUACAUCUCAGGGAUCCACACUGGCACAACCACAGCGAUUGUCUGAGAUGGCCAGAUCAGAGUCUGUGUCUACAGAAAGUGAUCAGCAAGGUGUGAGCCAGAAACUUGCAAAAGAGAAUGCAUGGCAACCCACCACAUCUCAGGCAGUCACACUGGCAAAACCACAGCGGUUGUCUGAGAUGGCCGGAUCAGAGUUCGCGUCUACAGAAACUGGUCAGCUGAGUGGGAGCCAAGCAUCUGCAAAGGAGAACGCGUGGCAACUCACCACAUCUGAGGCAGCCACACCAUUGCAACCACAGCGAUCAUCUAAAUUGGCCAGAUCAGUGUCCGUGUCUACAGAAAUUGGUCAGCAGGUGCAGGUGCAGAGACCUGAGCCAAAGCCGAAGCGAGUAUUCAUGCAGGGAUCGCUUAGAUCGAUCCUCGCCACCGCCGACAUGGACGCCACAAGGACCCCAGGCACGAGGUAUGAAAUACUCACGUCACUAACAGACACAGCAGCUUAUAAAGACCUUAUAACCCACAGUCCUAUUUAA